AUGCCUCUGGCGCGAGGCAGCCGCGAGCUGCCCUCGGUACGCGAGGUGGCCUCGUUCCGGCGCAGCUCGGAGCUGCCCCGCGGCGUGGUGCCCACCAAGCAGGAGAGCGCGGCGCUGCUGGACGAUGAGGAGGCGCCCCUCCCCCAGAGCGAUGCCCCGGAAACGCCCCCCGCUGGGUCGACGCCGAAAUCGGCGGCGACUCACGUCAACCGGGCGGCCUUCGUGGCGGCGGCAUUCGCCCUGUACGCCGCCAUGGCGAUCGCCGGCAUUGCCCUGGCUUUCGUGGCGGUCACGUCGGGCACGGAGUGGGGCAACAAGGAGAUCUGGACGCGAUACGAUCACGAGCUGCAGCUGGACGCCCAGGGAGGCAUUCAUGAUCCCGAGGGGGAGCCCGCCCUCUUGCCGGGACAUGUCGUGAACGAGCUGGCGCUGUACUGGGGCCUGCCGCUGAUCCUGAUUCUCUGCGCCCUGGUGGUUUAUCACAUUCCGGAGAGGCACGUGGCGCUGGAGUGGAUGAGCCCCGCGUCCGCGGCUCUGGGGAAGGAGCUGCCUGUGGCGUGGGCGAGGAGUCUGUGCGGCGGGGUCAGCGUGGGCGAGGCCCUCUUCCUGGCACUGUUCACCGCGCGCAACGCGCUCAUGAUCGCGUGGACGCUGCAGGAGGUGGACCACAGGGUCAGCCUGCGGAGGGCGGAGGCCGUGGUCACAGGAAUUCCUCUGCGGCACCCGAAUUGGUACUAUGACCUGGACGGGGUGGCGCUCUCCCUUGGAGUCACCUCCUUCCAGAACCUCAUGUGGCUCUUCUUCCCCAUCGUGCGCGUCUCACCUCUGUUUGAUGCUCUUGGACUGCCUUUUGAGAAGCGCAUCAGGUACCACCGCUGGCUGGGGCACUUCACCAUGGUCAUAUUGGCGACCCAUGGCCUCGCCUAUUGGACCCUUCGGUUCUGCGUGAGUGGGCAGGAGUGGGUGGACGAGGCUCUCAACUGGACAGACCACCGGAGGGUGAAUAAUUUGGCAGGGGGGAUCUCCCUGGGGUUUGGAGUCGCGCUGUGGGUGACGGCCCUGGAAUGGACCAGGCGAAGGUACUUUGAGGUGUUCUACAGGACCCACGUUGUUGGGUUUGUGGGAUUCUUGAUAUUUGGCAUUCUUCAUGCCCCCGGGAUGCAUGUGUACCUUGGAGCUGGGCUGCUUCUAUACUGCCUGGACCUCGUCCUGCGGCUUACUCAGCUCAGCACUCGUGUAAAGGUCAAGUGGUCAGGAUCAACGUCAGACAAGUCCAUUGCAGUCCUCGGUUUCGACACAGCAAAGCCACUGUGCCCCUUCUCCACCUUCUUUGUGAACAUUGAGAGCAUCUCCAAGGUGCAGUGGCACCCUGUCACACCGGUUAUGAUGGGAGGGGGAACAGCAAUGAAGGUGUGCUUCAAGAAAUUUGGCAAGUGGACGAGCAGGCUCGUUGAGGAAGCAGCAGCAGGGACGCUGACAACCGCAAGGCUAGAGGGUCCGUACAGUGCAACACCAGACAUACGCUGCUUUCAGGAGCAUGAAUACCUGGUCAUGGUGGCCGGUGGAAUCGCCAUCACCCCCCUGUUGACCAUCCUCAAGAAGCUUGUGAUCUCGAAUGCAACUGAGCCCUCUGGCAGGCCCAGUCGCUGCUUGAGGCUGGGCUACCCUCCUCCUAGCGAUGAUGAUCCUGUCUUUCGGCGCAAGGUCGUGGUGCUGUGGACGAUGCGCAACAUAUCUGAGGCAGAACUGAUGGAUGAAGAGCUGUUCAGUUAUUCCAGGGCCCGGCCUGAUCUGUUGGACAUUCGCAUCCAUUACACGGGCAGGUCUGAGCUCGGUGGCUGGACAGGCACGAUGAUCCGGGAUGAGAGAAGACGUGGAAAGACCGCUCAGCAACCUGAUGCUGACAGGAUUGAGGAGAGCAGGGAGUUUGAGCCCAGGACAGAGUUUUGGGGGGCCUUUCAACAACGUAUUCAGCGCAUCAGCCCCACGGCACUCUUGCAGCACAGGGGCCCUCUCCAUUUGGCUGUGCUGCAUAUUGUCGUGUAUGCUGCGGCGUUCAUGGGGUUGAUCUUGGGGAUGAGCUAUCGCCUGGAGGCCUUGAGGGCGGGAGAGGAGGUGUCCAGGGGAAAGGUCGAUGUCGUAGCCAUGUUCUCCAUGUCGAUGAUGGCCAUCGGUGCAGCAACUCUCCUUGUCUUCCCUGGCCACCUGCUCAUGUACCGCAAGGCCAAACGCAUACGGGCACAUGAGGAGCUUCUCGAGACUGGCAUGGUCAAGGUGCCCCCUGCGAAGCACCAACUGUCACCGAUGACCAUGAUGUGGAUCCAGGGCACCCACGACGUAACGCUGGCUGGCCUCGACCUUGUGUCUGGGCCUCGCAAAGUACUGGACACCCCCAUACUGUCAGACACAACGGUUCGGUGGAUCCAGCGCAACAAGAAAAUGGGGCGACCGGAUGUGGAUGAGUUGCUUGAUGAUGUCAGCGGGAAGCUGUCUCCAGGCCACACGGCAGCUGUGAUCACAGCAGGCCCCAAGCCGAUGAUCGACAGCGUGAAGUUGGCCGUCGCGAGGCGCAACCCACGAUUUCAUCUGAAGAAUCCGUUGAAGUUCGAGAUGGAGACAUUCUCACUUUGA